AUGUUACUUGUUGAUUUCAGUGUGAGCGCUUUGCAAGCGAAGAUCUUGGAACUGAAGCUCAAGUUGGAAGUCUAUGCUGAUGUCGGAGCAGAUGUCAGAGAUAAAGCUGAGCUGUUAGUACGGGAGCGACGUUUGAAGAGGGAAAAUGAAAGACUCAUACAUCAGAUCAAAAGGUUAGGCAAUAUCGAAAGGAAGGAGAGAAUGCGUUAUUUCGAGAUGGAUGCGAACAGGCUCUUUGCGCAGAAAGAUAGUGAAAUAGAGAGGCUGAAGCGCGAAGUAGCCAUGCUGAAAGAUACCGAAGCAUCCCUUAUGUUGGAUCUUGACAACACUGGCUCUGCUUUGGAAGAGCUUCAGGAGCAAAACGCCAAGCUCAUUUCCUUACAAAAGGAAAAUGAUGAGGGUCAUAUAAAGAUGAUGAAUGACCGUAUCAUAGCCACUCAACUGCAGGUUAAGAUUAAGGAGGAGAUGGCGCAUCUAGAGUCCCAGGUUAACAACUUGACCAGACAGAUAGCUGCAUUGCAAUGUGAAAAAGAAUCACAAAAUGAAGCAUUGAGGCUGGCACUGGAGACAAUAGGUGUCAAGACAAAGGAGAAUGUGUACGCUUGA